GUCCUUCUUUGCCCUUUCCUGGCCCAAAGAUUGAAUCCUCUUGACUGACAAUGGAGGCUGCUAUCGGUGUGCUGGUGUCCCAGUUCAAGGCCUACGCUGGCAGCGAUGGUUCCUCUGACACACUCAGCAGAGAAGAGUUCCACAAACUGGUCACAUCACAGCUCCCUAACUUUGUCAAGAAUGCUGCCGACCCCGCCGCCGUUGACCAGCUCAUGACCUCAUUGGACAAGGACAGUGAUGGAGAGCUCAACUUCAUGGAGUUCUGGCAGCUGAUUGGGACUCUUGCAAGCAAGCGUGGGGGGUUCAGCCAAUAGCGUGCUGUCCUCGGAUCCAGUUAGAUCUGUUACAGUUUCGUGCAUGUAACUGUCUUGUCCGUUUGCCAAACCUUUUGUAAAAAAGAAAAA